UGUUCAUCUCCUGAAUCGAUCGCGAUUGGCAAUGAUCUCUAAAAUCAUUAUUACUUUUAAACGGUACUUCGUCCGCGCUCGUCAAUUUUACUGAUUGAUAAUGUACACGAAGAAAAAACCAGCUACAAGCGUUUCGUGGGCGGGAAGUGAUGUCCUAAUCGAAGUGCAUCAAUUGGACUCGGAUGCCGAGAUCGACGAUGAAACGAUGGAAGGGUUGGACUUUUUGGAGUCACAGGGAGAAGACUUUGAACGAGCGCUUGAAAGCACUGGUUUUGGUCGAUUUCACUACGCAUUACUGACACUAUGCGGCUUGAUUUACCUGAAUACUGCAGUGGCCAUCACGAUCAUCUCGUUUGUGCUACCGUCGGCGACCUGCGACUUCCAGAUGACGUCCUCUGACAAAGGAUGGCUGACCGCUGCGCCAAUGCUAGGCAUGUUGUUGGGAUCUUACUUCUGGGGUUGUCUGGCUGAUACCAAAGGACGCAAGGUUGUUCUUAUAGGUGCACUAAUUAUGGAUGGACUUUGUGGGAUUCUCUCCAGUGUUGCUCAAACCUAUAUUCUGUUUUUGAUCCUAAGGUUUAUCAAUGGAUUUGCCAUUACGGGAGCUAUGGGUAUAUGCUUCCCUUACCUUGGCGAAUUCCAACCCGUCAAACACCGUGAAACCAUUCUUUGUUGGAUGGAGAUAUUUUGGACCAUUGGAGUGAUAGUACUUCCUGGUAUAGCAUGGAUUGUCAUCCCAUUGGAGUUUGAAAUCAUCAUGCCCAGUUUCAAAUACGCCAGUUGGAAUCUUUUCGUUACCGUUUGUUCAAUACCUUCGAUUCUAAUCGGAAUGUGGUUGCUCUUCUUCCCUGAAAGCCCCAAGUUUCUCCUAGAAUGUGGAGAAGCAGAUGAAGCUCUUGAAGUUCUCAGAAACAUGUACUCCAUCAACACUGGUAAAUCUCCAGACACGUUUCCAGUUCACUCUCUACGAGAAAAGGUGCGCACCAUGAGUGUGGUCUCACAGAACUCCACCCGUAGUGUACGAUCACUUCGCAUCAGAAAACCAAAAGAACUUAAACUACUUCUUCAAGAAAUUUGGGAACAAACAAAGGCGUUGUGCAAACCACCAUACCUCAGAUAUACUGUAUUAACCUGCUUAAUUCAAUUUGGUCUCACCUCGAGCUACUUCACAUUGAUGAUCUGGUUCCCUGAGUUAUUCUAUCGUUUCGAAGAGUUUGAAUCUCUCCACCCUGGACAAAGUGCGUCGGUGUGUGAUGUGAGUUCCAUCGUUAUUGGAGGUAAUUCCACAGAUGUUGAAUACUGCGGGGAACCAAUUGGUGAUGAGGUGUACCUUCAUACUUUGAUCAUCGGUCUGGCGUGCAUUCCUACCAGUUUAUGGUUACCACUAUGUGUGCAUCGCUUCGGCGCCAAGUUCUUCUUGGUGUUCAGUUUGCUGGUUGCUGGUGGGGUUACCAUGGGUUUAUAUUUUGUUGACUCUAGCAGUACCAACUUAAUUUUGUCCUGCAUCUUUGAAGCUCUGACCAGUUUAGCUAUCAGUACAGUGUAUUGCGUAAUGGUUGAUCUAUUUCCAACACAAUUAAGGGUAAUGGCGGCAGCUUUAUCAUUGACAUUUGGACGAGCAGGUGCGUUGAUUGGAAAUCUCGUCUUUGGUUUCCUCAUCGAUUUGCAUUGCGUUGUUCCGAUAGCCUUGUUCGCAUUUAUGCUCGUCGGGAGUGGACUGUUGUGCUUCAAAUUACCGAGCACAGGACAAGGGGCUUUAGAUUAAAGAGUGAACACGUUUUAAAUAGCUUCAAUUUAUUGAGAAGUUAUGAAAUUAUGAAAUUGUGAUACAAGUUUUGCAAUUUAGCAAAGACAUCAAACAUGAUCAGUGUCUUUUAAGAAUCUAUCAAUUAAAUCUAACCUUGAAGGUGCAAUAAAUACAAAUGUAACAAGUUUGGUGCUAAAGUUUGAUGCACAAGUAGCAAAUAUUAAUGAACACAUUUAGUACAAUAUUUAAUUUAAAUAAGGUACAAUUAUGUAUAACUUAAUUAAUUUAUUUUAAGUCAUUGUUAAGCCAUAUCUGUAUACCCGUAAUUAUUUAUUAUUCCUAUUUAUUGUAUGUAACUCUUAGUUUAAUUAUUUAUGAACAAUUUUGUUAUUUAAUGUAUUUAUUAAAUUUGAUUGUUUGCCAUGUUUGAAACGGUUUUGUGAUUGAAAACACGUUACUUUACUGCACAAAGUGUUGCACUUUGUAUGGAAUGUAUUAGUUACCAUUGAAAAUAAAAAAGCAAUACGACAUUUAA